UCUGUUGUGUGUAGCAUUAGUGUUAUCAACAUACACAAGUUGCAUUUAAAACAACAUGUUUCUUUAAUUUUAUAAUUUCAAACAAUUUGUCACGUUUAAUAAUUUUAAUCAUCAUAUAAAUAAAUAAAUAAUAUUUAUGUAUAAUUUUAUCUGAGAGAUACAUUAAAUAUUAUUAUUUAUUUAACAUAAUAUAAAUGGCAAGGCAACGUCGUGGUGGAAAAGCUAGUACAAAUAGCCACGGUGGAAGUGGACAUCCUUUGCACAGUAAAUUAAGUAAUAAAGGCACAAAUCAACAAAAAUGGAAUGUAAAACUAUUAAUUUUUGUGAUGUUUAAUGUAAUUAUAGUAUUAUCUAGCAUUGUUUAUCUUUAUUUUAGUCAUCAGCUAGAAAACAUUGUCAUAACACCGAUAGAUAGUCCAAAAAUAAUUGAAAAUCAUGGAUUGAAUGUACCUGAGAAAUAUUGGGGAAGUUAUCGUGGUGGUCUUUACUUUGGAUUGAAGACAAGAACUCCUAAAUCUCUUGUUGUUGGUUUAAUGUGGUUUUCCCAGAAGAUUAUUGACAAUAGUUUACAAAUACGUCAUUGGUGUAAUCAAUGGGAUAAAUUAAAAAAAUAUGGCUGGUUGAAACACGAUGGUCUUAAUUUUGGUAUUCAAGACAUUGAAGAAGAAGAGUUCAUUAUUCAUACUUCAUUUGUUAAGAAAGUAGGUGGAAGUUAUGGUGGUGAUUGGACAGCAAGAAUUACUGUUGAAUCUAAGCUAAACACUACUCAUUCAGUUCCAAUAUCAUUGCUAUUCUAUACUGCUACUAAUGGAGAUGGAUUGAUUUUACCAAAAGUUGUUGAUAAAAAUCAGCUUACUGAAAUUCAUGGAGAAACAGAACAUUUAGGAAGAUUUACUAUCAGAUUUUUAUCAGAUGCUUCUAAUGGUGGCACAAUUUUAAAAUAUAAUUACCUGAGUACACUUGCUCCAGAAGGCUUAGCAACAUUGAAAGAAGUAAUUCUUCAAAAGUUAGCACUUUUUCAGUCAAAGAAAGGAAAUCUUCAGUUACUUGGUUUGGUAGGUCAUUCAGUUCCUUCCACUGAGCAGAGUAAGUCAGCUAAUUUUAUUGUUCAUCAAGUUACCAUUUUACCUCCUUUUCAAAUGGAAGUUAUGUUUGAAUCAGAAGAUUUUGUAGAUCGUCAAUAUCAACUAACAGGAGACAUAUAUGACAGAGAAUUAUUGCAUCAUAAAACCAAUUUUGAUAAGCAGUUUGAAAAUAUUUUUAAAUUAAAUUCUAAAGGUUAUUCAGAAAAAGAAAUUUUAGCAGCUCAAGCAAUAUUCAGUAAUCUAAUUGGAGGAAUUAGUUAUUUUUAUGGUUCAUCUCUUGUUCAAUCAAAAUAUAAUAAAGAGCCUGUAGAAUAUUGGGAAGCACCAUUAUAUACAGCAGUACCAUCUCGUUCUUUCUUUCCCAGAGGAUUUCUUUGGGAUGAAGGUUUUCAUAAUCUCCUUAUUAGUAGAUGGGAUGCUAAUAUAACCAAAGAAAUACUUGGGCAUUGGUUUGAUACAAUGAAUUCUGAAGGAUGGAUUCCUCGUGAACAGAUUCUUGGAUUAGAAGCAAGAGCUCGUGUGCCAAAAGAAUUUAUUGUACAAAAGAAUACAAAUGCUAAUCCUCCUACAUUUUUCUUGACUAUUGAUAGCCUUAUCAAAAGAACUGAUAAUCAAAAUUUAGAAAAGGACAAAGCAUUUUUGAAGCAUCUUUAUCCAAGACUAAAAGCUUGGUUUCUUUGGUUUAAUACAACACAAAAUGGAAAAUUACCAGGUACUUACCGUUGGAGAGGAAGAGAUUCAAAUAUUAAUAAAGAACUUAAUCCAAAAACAUUAACUUCAGGACUUGAUGAUUAUCCCAGAGCAUCACAUCCUACGAUUACUGAAUAUCAUGUUGAUUUAAGAUGCUGGAUUGCUUUGGCUGCUGGAAUUUUAGGAGAUAUAGCACAAUUAAUUGGAGAACCAAGUGAUGAAUUUGUAGCCACUAACAAAUAUUUAACAGAUAAUCAAUUGCUUGAUAAAUUACAUUGGUCUCCAACUUCUCAAUCAUAUUGUGAUUUUGGAUUACAUACAGAUAAUAUUAAAUUAAUUCAUCCAAAACCACCACAUAUGCCUCCAGGGCAUCCAGUGCCUAAAAUGGAAAUGGUUAGGUAUGUUAAAGAUGAACCAACAUAUAAAUUUGUUAAUAAUUUGGGAUAUGUUAGUCUUUUUCCAUUUUUAUUGAAAAUUAUAAAGCCAGAUAAUGCUAAAUUAGGAAAAAUUCUUAAAGAUAUGAGAGAUCCAAAUCUUUUAUGGACAAAUUUUGGACUCAGAUCUCUAUCAAAGAAAUCACCAUUAUACAUGGAGUACAAUACCGAACACGAUCCACCAUACUGGCGAGGUACAAUUUGGAUCAAUAUUAAUUAUAUGGCACUUCAAGCUUUACAUUACUACAGCAAGACACCAGGUCCUAGUCAAGAACAGGCAUUUAAUCUUUAUACAGAACUUAGAAAAAAUUUAGUGACAAAUAUAUUAUCUGAAUAUAAAAGAACAGGUUAUAUUUGGGAACAAUAUAAUGAUAAAACAGGAAAAGGACAUGGUUCCCAUCCUUUUACUGGAUGGUCAUCACUUGUUGUUUUAAUUAUGGCUGAAAUUUUUUGAUUUGGAAAUAAAUAUGGCAUGCAAAUUAUUUUGCACAACAGGGGAACAAUUAUUUUAAAAUAAGGUUUAAUAUACAAAAUUAUUGUUCACUUUUAUAAUUUGUCACAAGCUCAAACUUGUUUGAAAGAAAAUUGAAAAUUAAAAAUUUUAGAGAUUGUUAACUUGAAUUACUAAAUUUGUUGUUUGUUCAUUUGUUUUCUUUUUCAUCGUAGACUUAAUUGAAAGUAAUUCAGAAUUUAAAACAGAUUGCCAACAUUUUUGUAAGAUUUAUAUGAAUGUCAUUUUAGAUGUUUGUAUUAUUAAAGAAAAAGUUUACAUUAGUAAUUACUUUGAUCCAAACCAGUUUUUACAGGAAAAAAGUAAAAUAUGUGAAUAUAAAAGUUAUUUUCAAUAAAAAUCAUAAAAUGACCAUUUUCUAGCAA